UCCUCGUAGAUUUGCACGCGUUAAUCGUUCACGUCGUUAGCGAUGAUUAAAAAUGGAUUGUUACUUCAUUCAUGUGGAUGUAGUGUCAAUGAACUAGACUUGAGCAGAGCAGACAUUUAUCAGGAGUUAACGUUGAAAGUUUCUUGGGAGGUAACGCAGCAGAUAGAUUGCUCAUUGUUGCACGAUGGGGGUGUUCUCGCAAUCAAGCAGGGAGCCUCGUGUACCGGAAGUAAGUUUAAGAGGCUCUUAUUUUGGAGCUCGCGGUGUAAGUGUAUCCGGUGUUGCCGCGAGCGAGCGAGCGAGCCAGCUUGACUCGGCUCGCUCUGUCUCUCCCCCUCACUCUCCGGUUCCUCCCCCCGGUGCUGGCCAACUCCUUUACCUGACUCCAGAACCCCGGCCGGCCGGCGGGCGGGCGGUCGAGAGGGCGUGCAGACAGGCGGCAGGCAGGCAGGCAGGCGGGGGUCGCGUGGUCCUAACUUCGAUGCCCCCCAUCCAACCCGUGGAUGUACUUACGUAUCUUUGUUUUGGAGUGAGCACACGCGCGCGCGCGCGCGAGGCGGGGUCUCCAUGGAGCACCGAGGCUCCCACAGGAGUUCCGGGCGCGCGGCCGACGCGCAGUAACGAUGGACGGACGCCGCUCCCCGGUGCUCCCCGUCAUGACGGACGCCUCGGAACCAGAAGCGCACAGUGGGGGGGCCUCGCCGCAGCCUCGCGUGUCGCCGGAGGAGGAGGAGGAAGCCGAGAAGCUGCCGUACCCCUGGCUGGCCCCAGUGGUUCUGUUGGCGCUUACGCAGAGCAGCCCGCCCAGGUCCUGGUGCCUGCGGGCCGUGUGCCACCCCUGGUUCGAGCGUGUCAGCAUCUUGGCCAUCCUGCUCAACUGCGUGACUUUGGGGAUGUUCCAGCCCUGCGACGACACGCCCGUCCUCCUGCAGGCACUGGACGACGGCAUCUUUGCGUUCUUCGCCGGGGAGAUGCUGGUCAAGAUGGUGGCGCUGGGGAUCAUCGGCCACAACGGCUACCUGGGAGACCCGUGGAACCGGCUGGACUUCUUCAUCGUGGUGGUGGGGAUGCUGGAGUACUCGCUGGACGGCCACAACGUCAGCCUGUCGGCCAUUCGCACCGUGCGUGUCCUGCGGCCACUCAGGGCCAUCAACAGGGUUCCCAGCAUGCGCAUUCUGGUGACGCUGCUGCUAGACACGCUUCCCAUGCUGGGCAACGUGUUGGCGCUGUGCUUCUUCGUCUUCUUCAUCUUUGGCGUGGUGGGCGUGCAGCUGUGGGCGGGGCUCCUGAGGAACCGUUGCUUCAUGGCGGACGACGUCAAGACGCGCCUGGACGUGUCCACGCUGAGCCUUUACUACCGGCCGGGCGCCACCGACGAGCACCCGUUCAUCUGCUCGGCCGAGCGGGACAACGGCAUGCUGCGCUGCGCCGACGUGCCCCGCCGCCGCGUGGCCGGCAGGGCCUGCUCGCUGGCGGCCGGGGAAAGGCCGGCCGCGGCGCCGGCGGGGGCCGGCCCGUCGUGCGUCAACUGGCACCAGUACUACAACGAGUGUCGCGCCGGCGAGCUGAACCCGCACAAGGGAGCCAUCAACUUUGACAACAUCGGCUACGCCUGGAUCGCCAUUUUUCAGGUCAUCACGCUGGAAGGCUGGGUGGACAUCAUGUACUACGUCAUGGACGCCCACUCCUUCUACAACUUCAUCUACUUCAUCUUCCUCAUUAUCGUGGGCUCCUUCUUCAUGAUCAACCUGUGCCUGGUGGUGAUCGCCACGCAGUUCUCGGAGACCAAGCAGCGUGAGCACCAGCUGAUGAAGUCGGAGCAGCGCGCCCGCCAACUGCACCAGUCGGCGUCCACGCUGGCCAGCGACAGCCAGCCGGGCAGCUGCUACGAGGAGAUGAUCCGCUACGCGGCGCACUUGGGCCGCAAGGCGGGCCGCCGCCUGUCCCGAACGCUGGCCCGGGCCGCCGCCGGCCCGCUCUGCGCCCGGCGCCGCCGGGACCCAUCCCAGACCAACGGGCUGGCGCGCCGGCAUUCCGGCCACGUGUCGGGCGACCCGCAUCGGACGCUGGAGGACCGUGGCCCGAGUAACGGAGGCUUCAAUUAUCCCGUCAUAGCGCCGCUCCUCAGGCACCCGGCGGACGCACAGAGCGCGCAUCGCACGAGAGCGGUCGCCACGGAGACCGACGACGUGCUGCCACUGCAGCUCGUGGCCGAACACGGCGGUCGCGCGGAGCUGCCGGGCGAGCUCCCGUCGGCGGCAGCGGCGGCGGCCUGUCCGCACUGCGACCGCCGCAACCGAGCGUGGCGGCCCCGCAACGAGAGCCCGGGCGGGAGGGCGCCAGGCGGCGGCGGCGGCAGAGGGUGGGCAUGCUGGGCUCAAGUCAGGAGCAAACUGGAGCUCAUCGUGGCUAGCCGAUACUUCAACAGAGGCAUCAUGAUGGCCAUCCUCAUCAACACGCUGUCCAUGGGAAUCGAGUACCACCAGCAGCCGCAGGAGCUGACGGACAUGUUGGAGAUCAGCAACGUGGUGUUCACCAGCGUCUUCAGCCUGGAGAUGCUGCUCAAAGUGGCGGCGCUCGGCCUCUGGGGCUACGUCAAGAACCCGUACGACGGCUUCGACGGCGUCAUCGUCGUCAUCAGCGUGUGGGAGGUGGCGGGCCAGGCGCAGGGCGGCCUGUCGGUGCUGCGGACCUUCCGCCUGCUGCGGGUUCUCAAGUUGGUGCGCUUCCUGCCGGCGCUGAGGAGGCAGCUGCUGGUGCUCGUCAAGACCAUGGACAACGUGGCCACCUUCUGCAUGCUGCUCGUGCUCUUCAUUUUCAUCUUCAGCAUCCUGGGCAUGCACCUGUUUGGAUGCAAGUUUGGCUUGCGCCAAGACAGCGGAGACACGCUCCCCGACAGGAAGAACUUUGACUCGCUGCUUUGGGCCACCGUCACCGUCUUCCAGAUCCUGACGCAGGAGGACUGGAACGCCGUCCUGUACAACGGCAUGGCGUCCACCACGCCGCUGGCGGCGCUCUACUUUGUGGCGCUCAUGACCUUCGGCAACUACGUCCUCUUCAACCUGCUGGUGGCCAUCUUGGUGGAAGGCUUCCAGGCCGAAGGUGACGCCAGCCGCUCGGAUUGGGACAAUGAGGCCCGCUCGCUGUCGUACGAGGACGAGGAGAAGCUGAGGGAGUUGUACGCCGCCGAGCUGAAGAUCUGGGCCAUGAUCGGCAGCCCCAACGGUCCCCUGAACCCCAGGGCGUCCAUGCCUGUCGUCGGGCAGGCGGAAGCCACGCCCAUCGUGAUCUACGCCAGCGCGGUGGAGAGCCUCCAGCAGCAGAGGUCGCCGCUUUUUCAACGCCAAGACACGCUAGGCCUGCCCGCAUUGUCGUCGUCAACGGAGGGGCCCCCGCAGAGCCCGGGCCGGUCGGCCGAGAUGGAGUCGCCGCUGUCCCAGCGCAGCCGGACGGCCGCUGCUUCCGACGAUGCGGACGAGACUUUGUACCAGAAAGUGCGCAAAGUGCUGGAGCCGUACCAGCCCGAGUGGUGCGCCCAGCACGGCGACUGGUCAUUCUUCGUCUUUGCUCCGGGCAACCGCUUCAGGCUGUGGUGCCAGAAGACCAUGGGCCACAAGAUGUUUGACCACAUCAUCCUGCUCUUCAUCUUCCUCAACUGCAUCACCAUUGCGCUGGAGAGGCCCGACAUUCAUCCGCACAGCAUGGAGCGCGCCUUCCUCAGCGUGUCCAACCACAUCUUCACUCUCAUCUUUGUGGGCGAAAUGAUGAUCAAGGUGGUGGCCUUGGGCGUGUGCUUUGGAGAGGGCGUCUAUCUGCAGAGCAGCUGGAACAUCCUGGACGGGGUCCUGGUGGCCGUGUCCCUGGCGGACAUCCUGGCCUCGGCGGUGGCGGGCGGCAACCGCAUCCUGGGCAUCCUGCGCGUCCUGCGGCUGCUGCGCACCCUGCGACCGCUCAGGGUGAUCAGUCGAGCUCCGGGCCUCAAACUGGUGGUGGAGACGCUGAUCACGUCGCUCAGGCCCAUCGGCAACAUCGUCCUCAUCUGCUGCGCUUUCUUCAUUGUCUUUGGCAUUCUGGGCGUUCAGUUAUUCAAAGGCAAGUUCUUCCACUGCGACGGCUUCAACGUGACCGGCAUCACCAACAAGACGCAGUGCUUGGAUGCGGGCCACCGCUGGCUACGCAGGAAGUACAACUUUGACAACCUGGGACAGGCGCUGAUGUCUCUCUUUGUGCUGUCGUGCAAAGACGGCUGGGUCAGCAUCAUGUACGACGGGCUGGACGCGGUCGGCGUGGACCAGCAGCCCGUGCGCAACAACAACCCGUGGAUGCUGCUCUUCUUCAUCUCCUUCCUGCUCAUCGUCAGCUUCUUUGUGCUCAACAUGUUUGUGGGCGUGGUGGUGGAGAACUUCCACAAGUGUCGCCAGCAGCAGGAGGAGGAGGAGGCCCGCCUCCGCGAGGAGAAGCGACGCAAGCGCCUGGAGAAGAGGCGCCGCAAGGCCCUGGAGAAGCCGUACUACGCCGACUACUCGCCGCUGCGUCGCUCCAUCCACAGCGUGUGCACCAGCCACUAUCUGGACCUCUUCAUCACCAUCAUCAUCUUCACCAACCUGCUCACCAUGAGCAUGGAGCAUUACAAGCAGCCCCAGUACCUGGUGGAGAUCCUCAAGUACUGCAACUACGUCUUCACGCUGGUCUUUGUCAUCGAGGCCGUCCUCAAGCUGGUGGCGCUCGGCCUUCGGCGCUUCUUCAAAGACAGGUGGAACCAGUUGGACCUGGCCAUCGUGCUGCUGUCCAUCAUGGGAAUCACGCUGGAAGAAAUCGACCUGAACGCCUCGCUGCCCAUCAACCCCACCAUCAUCCGCAUCAUGAGGGUGCUGCGCAUCACGCGCGUUCUGAAGCUGCUGAAGAUGGCUACAGGGAUGCGAGCUCUGCUGGACACCGUCAUGCAGGCGCUGCCUCAGGUGGGGAAUCUGGGUCUGCUCUUCAUGUUGCUGUUCUUCAUCUAUGCAGCUCUGGGAGUUGAGCUCUUUGGAAAACUGGAGUGUUCCGAGGAGAACCCGUGCGAGGGCCUGAGCCGUCACGCCACCUUCCACAACUUUGGCAUGGCCUUCCUGACACUCUUCCGAGUGUCCACCGGGGACAACUGGAACGGGAUCAUGAAGGACACGCUGCGCGAGUGCCGCCCGGGGGAGCGCCACUGCCUCAGCUACCUGCCGCUGAUCUCGCCCGUCUACUUUGUCACCUUCGUGCUGACGGCGCAGUUUGUGCUGGUCAACGUGGUGGUGGCCGUCCUCAUGAAGCACCUGGAGGACAGCAACAAGGAGGCGCAGCUGGAGGAGAUGGAGGAGCGGAGGGAGCGCGAGGAGGCCGCCCGCAGGAACAGCGCCGCCUCGGGGGGCGGGGAGCCCGCCGCCGCCGCCAGCGUGCCCGCUCAGGCGCGGUCAGAGGAGCGUUGCCCCGGCAAGCCGCCGAGCUUCGGCCGCAUGCUGUCGCUGCCCGGCGACGGAUGGCAGCCGCUCGGGCGCGGGCCGUACGACGCCUGCCUGGCCUACGGCUACUCAGGCUCGGUGUCGUCGCUGGGCUCCGGCUCCUCGUUGCAGGUCCCGGGCGCCCUCCCCGCCAUCGGCCACGCCUCGCUGGGCUCGGGACAAGGCGGCCGCCCCGUCAUCCGCCUCAGCCGGAGCAUCGACGGAGAGUCGCCCCGACGAAGCGGCCCGCCCGACCGCCGCCUAGACUCGGCCCGCAGCGUGGACGGGUGCCGCUCGGGCCCCUCCCGGGCCGCCGCCGAGCCCCGCCGACUGAGCUCGGCCGGGCACAGCCUGGAUGGAUGCAGGCCCGCCCUGGUGUCCAGCUGCAGCGUGGACAGACAGCCGUCGCUCAAGGCCUCCGGGGGGCGCUCUCAGUGGCUGAGCCCUGAAGCCAGUCCGGAUCGCAACAAGCUAAGCCCCUCGUACGUCCCCGACCUGGAGAUCCCGACGUCGUUCCGUGCGGCCGGUCGGCGGCUGCGCAGACAAGAGGCCGUGCGCUGCGAUUCGUCCGAUCAAAUGGGCUCGGCCGACGACGUUUCGGGCAGCCGCCUGGCCGGAGCCGCGUCUUCUCGGUCCACGCCGCCCUGCCGGCGCUCAUCCAGCGUUCACACCUCCAAGUUCACUCGAGCGCAGAGAGUCAUCUCGUGCCGGAGUCGCGGCGACGAGGCGGGAAAAAACACGGGGGCUUCGGAGCCCCGGCCGGCGGACGACGAGGAAGUGCGGCGCAUCGAAGCGCGCUCGCACAGACACCUGGCGCCGCCGCCCGAUGCCGACGAGGCCUGCGGGCGCCUCAGCCCAUCCGUCUCGCCGGCGUCGAGCGGAAACAAGAAGGAGCGGGUGAGCCCGCCCCCGGGGGAGCAGCCGCUUGCCACGGCUGCGCAGUUGACGGACAGCAGCGUGGAGCUCAGGAGGCGGACGCUGUCGCUGGAUGCCGCCGCUCGGCCCGAGUCCGACUGAGUUGGCGGGCCACGCCCCCUUUUGCUUGUUGCGUACUCCUGCCUGUUUUGCCCUAGCCUGGCGUGGCGUGGCGCCUCGGUCACAGUAGCCUCUCGUGCGAUCUGCCCGUUCCUAAUGUUCAAAGGACGUCAAGCAAGAAGCUUAGGUGGGGAGGUGGUAAAAUGCCCUCUCCAACUAAGAUUUGCCAAGGUCUCACUUCAAACGGUGUCACUUUAGCCGCAUUCGGAUAUAUUGUUGUGAUACUAUAA